UCUCUUCAUUAUAUGACACAAACCAUUCAUUGAAAAAUGGCAACCUUGAAAAUGCUCCUUACUUUACUGGUGGCUGCAAUUUUAUUUUGCAGCCACCAACAAUUGGCCGCGGCCAGAGAAGUGGCCGCCGGUGACGGGAAUGAGUUACAACUUUGGCCAUGGGAAAUUCCAUGUUAUUUACCAUGGCCAUUCCCGUGGCCACGGCCAUACCCAUGCCCUCCUCCACGGCCACGGCCACGGCCACGACCAUGUCCGCCUCCACCUCCACCACCAUGUCCUCCACCACCAUCCCCACCCCCUCCCGCCCCAAGUUCAAGCUGCUCAGCUAGUGACGAAGCAAAGAUUUACAAGUGCAUGUUCAACGAAACUAAAAUUGAUCCAUGUUGCCCAACAUUCAAGAGCAUACUUGGUACUAGUUGCCCUUGCUAUAAAUAUGCAGAGAAUUUGGAUAAUCAAGUCUUGAUCACUCUUGAAGCUUAUUGUGAUGUUGAUAGCCCUUGCAAGGGUUUGCAAGUGAUUAAGCUGUCCAAGGAGGAGGAAGAGGAGUAAAAAUAAAGAGACUUGAUGUUUAAAUCCAGAUGUUGUAUUAGAUGAUUUGAUGUUACUCUUUCUGUUGAGAAGUCUUUAGGUUAUGGUUUAGUCUACCAUUUUGCAAGACUUCUGUAAUUUCUCGGGGUCCACUUGUAAUGUCUAUGUUUCAGCAAUAAUUGGCAUCUGUCAAAUUCUUAGUACUAAAAUAUCACGGGAGAAAUUCAAAAAUA